UUAUAAUUUAGAGAAACUAAGAAACCGAGAUAAGAAGCAUGGCAAUGGCGGAGGAGAGCAUGGUGCAGUUGCAGAAACAGGAGACAAUAAUGAAAGUAUUGGUGGCCAUAGACGAGAGUGAAGGAAGUUUAUAUGCUCUCCAAUGGGCUCUUCAAAACCUCUUUCUCCACAAUACCCCAGCUCCGGCGGAGGAGGGAGAGGAGCCAGCGAUGAUGACGGUGGUUCAUGUGCAACCUCCUUUCCAGCAGCCAUUCACCGCCACCCCUAUUGGUCCCAUGGUAUUUGCGACGCCGGCAGUAAUGGAUUCGGUGAAAAAGGCACAAGAAGCAGCAGCAGCUGAAGUUCGUUCUCGUGCCACACAGCUAUGCGAACAGCACAAGACUAAAGCAAAGACGGUGUUGCUCAGAGGGAAUCCAAAAGAAAUGAUAGUUGAAGCUGCGGAGGAGAUGAAUGUUGAUCUUCUAGUUGUUGGGAGUAGAGGCCAUGGCCAAAUCAAAAGGGCGUUUUUGGGGAGUGUUAGCGAUUAUUGUGCGCAUCACGCGAAAUGUCCGGUUCUUAUAGUACGGCCGCCUAAGCCAGCCAAGAAGUAACGCUUUACGCUUGGCUUGGAGUUGGCGAAUGGCGAUGUAAUUCAGUUGUUUAAUAAAAAGGGUAAAUAGUUGGCAUGAAAUAAAAACAACGAAUUGAAUAUUAUUGUGUGUUUCAAGUUACUAUCUCUGAAUGUAGUGUGAUGCAAAGUCAUCAAAUUAACCUUCUGGAUUGGACUCUA